GCGGAGCUGAGACAGGUGUUGCUGGGGUUUGCGCAUCGCCCGUGAGAUCGUUCGGCAGCAUGGGAGCAGAGAGAACACCUACGCCUCCUCUCCAUAGUUUCUCAUGUAUUCUGCAAUUUUGCUUUUCGAAAUACGGAAUUUAAUCACCGCUGGAAACCAACUGAACGUCGCAAUGGUGCACCACUCGGGCUCCAUCCAGUCCUUCAAGCAGCAGAAAGGCAUGCACACCAGCAUCAGCGAGAUCCUGAAGGAGAAGAGCCUGAAGCCGUCUCGCCGCAGCCUGCCCUGCCUGGCCCAGAGUCAGACUCAUCCAAUCAACCUCAACCACUUCCUGUCUGUGCCUCUGAGCCCGGAGCCCAAACCAGAAGUCGAUGGUCUGAGUCAGAGCAUCAGCACUUCCUGCAGCCUCCUUCCCCCAAAGACAGCAGAGGAUGGCAAGGAUCAUUACAUGGAGGAGUCAGAGGUGACUACAUGUGAAACGAGGGCAGACGAGUCAUUCCUGCUACAGAAGCCUGCCACUCGCGCUAAAUUAGAGGCCCGCACAGAUUCACUUCAGGGAAAGAAUCCAGCUGCUUCCUCUGGGCUCUUUUUCCGAGAUGGGAAAAAGCGUAUUGACUACAUCCUGGUUUACAAGAAGUCGAGUCCGCAGGUGGAGAAGAGGUGCACGUUUGAGAAGAACUUGCGUGCUGAGGGUCUGAUGCUGGAGAAAGAGCCCUCCUUGACAAACAACGACAUCAUGUUUGUGAAGGUCAAUGCUCCUUGGGAUACACUUUGCAAAUAUGCAGAGCAGAUGAACAUCCGGAUGCCUUUCAGGAAGAAAUGUUACUUUACGGACUGGAAGAGCAAAACCUUGAGCAGCAGGUUUCAUCUGAGAUGCCGUCAGAUAAAAAGCUGGCUUCCCAAAAAUCCCAUGAAGCUGGACAAAGAGGCCUUGCCCGACCUGGAGGAAACCGACUGCUACACAGCCCCCUUCAGCAGAGCACGCAUGCAUCACUUCACUAUCAACAACAAAGAGACCUUUUUCUCCAAUUCCACCAGAAGCAGAAUAGUCCAUCAUGUCUUGCAGCGCACCAAGUACGAGGAUGGAAAAUCUAAGAUGGGUAUCAACCGGCUGUUGGGCAACAACACAUAUGAGGCUGCAUUUCCUCCUCACGAGGGUGGUUACAAGAGCAGACAUCCUAUUAAGACGCACGGUGCCCAGAAUCACAGACACCUUCUGUACGAGCGCUGGGCGCGCUGGGGCAUCUGGUACAAAUACCAGCCUCUGGACCUCAUCAGACGUUACUUUGGUGAGAAAAUCGGCCUGUAUUUUGCAUGGUUGGGCUGGUACACCGGUAUGUUGAUCCCUGCUGCCCUGGUUGGCGUUUUUGUCUUCCUCUAUGGUCUCUUCACUAUGGACUCUAGCCAAGUCAGCAAAGAGAUAUGUGAAGCCAACACUACCAUCAUGUGUGCUAUGUGUGAGGACACCUGUGAACCAUGGACGCUGAGUGACAGUUGUGUCUACGCCAAGGUGACCCAUCUGUUUGACAAUGGCGGCACUGUGUUCUUUGCUAUCUUCAUGGCUAUCUGGGCCACAGUAUUCCUGGAGUUUUGGAAAAGGAGGAGGGCAGAACUGACUUAUGACUGGGAUCUCAUUGAUUGGGAGGAGGAAGAGGAGGAGCUGAGGCCUCAGUUUGAAGCCAAAUACUCCAGGGUGGAGAGAGUCAACCCCAUCUCUGGCAAGCCCGAGCCUUUCCAGCCCUUCUCAGACAAACUCAGUCGGCUCAUGGUGUCUGUGUCCGGAAUAUUCUUCAUGAUUUCCCUCGUCCUGACAGCCGUGUUCGCUGUGGUGGUUUUCCGUCUCAUUGUGAUGGAGAAGUUUGCUUCCUUCAACUGGAAGUUUGUGAAGAAGAACUGGCAGUUUGCCACCUCUGGCACUGGAGUCUGCAUCAACUUUAUGAUCAUCAUGUCCCUCAACGUGGUGUAUGAAAAGGUGGCCUAUCUGCUCACUAAUUUAGAGCACCCACGGACAGAGUCUGAGUGGGAGAACAGCUUUGCUCUGAAGAUGUUCCUGUUCCAGUUUGUAAAUUUGAACAGCUCCACAUUUUACAUCGCUUUCUUUCUUGGAAGGUUUGCUGGCAGGCCUGGAAAAUACAAUAAACUCUUUAAUCGAUGGAGACUGGAGGAGUGUCACCCGAGUGGCUGUUUGAUUGAUCUGUGCCUGCAAAUGGGAGUCAUCAUGUUCUUCAAACAAAUCUGGAACAACUUCAUGGAGCUUGGUUAUCCCUUGCUGCAGAACUGGUGGUCUCGUAGGAAGAUAAAGAAAGGAGGUGGUGGAGGAGGAGGGCAGAACGUGGAGAAUAAAGCCCAGCUUCCACAGUGGGACAAAGACUGGAAUCUGCAGCCGAUGAACGCCCAUGGACUGGUGGAUGAAUACCUUGAAAUGGUUCUCCAGUUUGGCUUCACCACCAUCUUCGUAGCGGCGUUCCCGCUGGCUCCUCUCCUGGCUCUGCUCAACAACAUCAUUGAGAUUCGUCUUGACGCCUACAAGUUUGUCACUCAGUGGAGGAGACCCAUGCCUGCCCGAGCCACUGACAUAGGUAUCUGGCAUGGGAUUCUCGAAGGUAUCGGCGUGCUGGCAGUCAUCACCAACGCCUUCGUCAUCGCCAUCACCUCAGACUACAUCCCUCGCUUUGUUUACACCUUCAAAUACGGCCCAUGUAUGAACAAGGCACACCACCAUGAGGAUGAGUGUUUGCGAGGGUACAUGAACAGCAGCCUGUCUGUGUUUGACAUGAGCGAGCUGAAGAACAGCAGCCAGCCCAGAUACUGCAGGUACAGAGACUACAGAGCACCGCCCUGGAGCUCGGUGCCGUAUGAGUUCACCCUGCAGUUCUGGCACGUCCUGGCUGCCAGGCUGGCCUUUAUCAUCGUCUUUGAGCACCUGGUGUUUGGGAUCAAGUCCUUCAUAGCGUACCUCAUUCCGGACAUGCCGAAGGACCUCUGCGAUCGCAUGAGGAGGGAAAAGUACCUGAUGCAGGAGAUGAUGUACGAAGCAGAACUGGAGCACCUGCAGAAGGAGAGAAAGAAGAACGGACGGCGUUAUCACCACGAGUGGCCUUAGCUUUACCCCUACGUCUCCACUACACGCCGCACAGCCCUCAACUCACAGGCACAACCUCCCCCUGCCUGCUUAUUUGUGUAUUUUAGCUUUGAGAGUCUAGCUUCACUCGGCUGAUUCUGUACACCAAAGACGCCCCUCUUCAGUGACCAGAUCCAGAUCCCCAAGCCCGUUUGGCUUCAGCCCGGGCUCCGGCCCUGACCCCUCCCUCGCCAUCUGUUCCACGUCCACCGUUGGCGCUGCUCUUGGUUUCUGGCUCUGACCCUCUCUCUCUCUCUCUGCCCCGCCCCAAUCCCUCACCUGGCUUCAUCCGGCAGGUCGCCCUGGGGUCUGUGCUGUGUCAUGGCUUCACUGGGAAAACCUGUGCAAUUGUAAUGUUUACUAUGCAGAUCAAGGGCUGCAGAUCACCACUGUUCACUUCCUGGCACCCAUCCUGCACUCUUCUCUGUGUGGCAGCUAGCACUUCGCUUAGAGUCUGCAGUCUGGUGCAGCCAGCAGCAUGGCCGCGUAUUUUUCCCAUAAGUGUCAGCAGAGCCGCUCUUCUAGAGAGCUCCCUGUGGCGCUUAGCGUUUUUGUUGUUGCAAAAGUGUUUCUGGUGAUGUGGCUACCAAAUAAAACAGACGAUGUUCUUGCAAAGCGACUGUAUAUUGCCCUUGAAGCAUGCUGAUUAAUAUUUGCUGCCGUUGCAUAAACUGCAAAGAAAGAAAUAACAAACAGAAAAAAAAACAGCACUCAUCGUUGAGGAUGUUAUCAUCCGUUCAGUACAUUUGACAAAGAACUCUACGAAGUCGUAUAAAGUGCAUGGUAAUAUUGUUUUGUACCUUUUGAUAGAUAAAGUCCUUGUCUUGAAGCCUGGUUCACAUGUGUCUGUACUCAGUGUGAGCUGUGUGUUAAUCUCUGUCUGUGCAACUGCUGAGCUUGACUGUCUUGAGUUGAGGAAAUGUGAACUUUGUGCGAUUUGAUUGUGCCUACAGUUGUGCACCCCACAAUUGUGUCACCGACAUCACGUGUGCCUGUUUGUGCUGCACGUGCUUUUUUCAAGUGCAAGAAAUAUUCUCUCUCCUUGUUCUGUUGUCUGAUCUGCUGUAAACUCUCUGAACCCUCCUGUAAGGAUUUGUGUUGGACGUGAGUCACACCACAGUACCUACUCGGUUCUCAGCUAAUGACUCUGAAACACAUCGACGGUGUACGUUGUAACGCGACUCCCAUCAUGAGCAACGUGUACGCUCGCAUGCAGGAGCUACAAAUCUGCUCUUCCGUCCUGCGCUCGCAGCCUGUUUUUCAUUUGCUGUUGGAAACCCUGAAGCGUGGUUGAAACUUGGAUCACUUAGGCAUACCUGUGGCUUAGAGGUUCAGUUUGCAAAGAACAUCCAUCCACUGUUCUUCCCUCACAAAGUACACUAACAUACUUCACUUCCAGUCUUUUAUUAAGCACAUGGUCAGAUGCGGUUUCUGCUGAUUUCUGACCUUUAUCGAUGAGAGACUGGGAAAUUUGGUUUCGUUAAACGAAGAGUCGUGACGCUGCCUUUUAUUGUGGUGAGUUCUGAUGCCAUGGAUUAGAGCAGCAUGUUUUUGCCCGACGAGAACUCAGGAAAAUAGGCAGCAUGAGUGACACAUCCAUCUGUGAGGCUGAGUCAGAAUCACAAUGAUUUCCUGCAUCAUUCAUGUUGAGAUGGAAAGUUGUGGAGUGUGUAAAGUGAGGCAUUAAUGAGGGAGUUGUAUUUGGGAGGUGAUGAAAACUUAAACGUCGGCUCAAACCCUGACCCAGCACAGGUCAUGUCGAUGAUGUGCUGGUGAAUAUGAUCGUAUGUGUGAUGGUUAAGAUAUGCAGAGUAAAAGUGAAAGUUACAAUAAUGUAACAUGUGGAGGUGAAGAAUGUCACUACCCUGAAUGCACUGCGCAACACUGAGGAAACUGAUUCCCUCAUUUUGCAAGAGAGUUGUACAUUAUUUGGAUUUGUUCAUUCACUUAUUUCGCAGUUCUUUGUAUAUACAUUUUAUGACGUAUGUAAUGUUUUUAUACUAUUUACUUUGUGUUACCAGUAUGAGUCUGAGUUCACCUGUUUUCACCCUCAGAUAGACAAAGUAACGUCCACAUUUCUCAGGUGUCCUCUGAAUGUUUGCAGAUGAUCAACUUUUUACCAUAUUUUCUAAGAUGCAAUCAAAGGUAUCCUGCUUUUUUAGAUAUAUAUUUUUGCACUGCAGUGCAUUGCAUGACUAAUGCAAACUCACGAUUAAAAGCAUGUUUGAUUUUCUUUUUGCAUAAUCCCAGCGAGUGUAUUAGAGCAGAGCAGAAAUCAUGGAAUACAAUCAUACAGUUAAUCAUGGAGACUUAUGAUGCAGGUUGUAGGCAAAAAAAAAAAAGAUGAUUUCAAGUCUUAAUGUUCAACCCCGUGAUUCAUAAUCAUUUCACUCACAAGAGAGAGAUGUUUGUUUUUAAAUCUUAUUCAAACAUUUAGGAAACUACUCCAGGUUUUCAGAAUAUCUUCCCUGCUAUGUGAACAUUGAAAAUCUAUGCAUGUUGUUAUCCUCGAGUGCUACAUUUCCUUUGAACAGAUGUAAAUGUACUGGUACGUUUGUACUGUAGAGUAUGCAUGACCUAACACCUGCUUUGAGCAGUGCUAACUUCUGUAAAGUUGUUAACAGCGUCUUAAACAUAUCACCUCCCUUUUUCAGUGUUGAUGAUUUUUGGAGGUCGGGACAAGACACGUGUUUCUCGAUGUGGCAGAAUUUUAUACUGUAAGAGUAUUUUCUAAACAAUAUCUUAGACGCCAGACUGAUUCACACAAUCUGUCCACGACUGCAUUCCAAGGAGAGUCUGAUAAAAACAAAUCUCAGACCUGUUUUGUUUGAACAUUCAACUGGGAGUUAGAAUUAUGUUUACCCUCUAAGAGCUGAAGUGUUUAACCUAAUGGGAUAGGGAUAAUUUUAUGAGUCAUAACAUGACCUUGGAUGUUUGACUUGCCCAGCUACUAAUCAUCUCUUCCUCGUUAUCUUCUCUCUGAGAGCAUUAGCUCAACUUCUCACUAAUACAAAUGCUGCACAGUGGUGGAAAGGUGUGUCUCAUGCCUUCUGCUGACGGCAAUAGCACAAUAUGGGUAUUGUACGAUAAGUAAUAAUGGCAUGACCUUGCACAUCUGAAAACAAAGCAGUCUAGAGGGGAUUAAGCUUUCUGUUCUAUGCUAUGCCUCCUAAUAGGAUUGUGCUUGAGCAAGUGACGUGACUUGACGUGGAAGCACAGUGACGCUAGACCAUAGAUUUAACUGUACAUUAGGAUGGUAUCAGUCGUGACAUGAAGUGUAUCAAUAACAUUGUUUACUUCGUUCCUGUUUACAUGUAAAAACAUAUUGAGAUGUAUAAAAAUAAUACAACAUGAAAUAAUUUGGAUAUCACUCUUUUCUGUAAUAAAUCAUGGAUUGUAUCUUUUAAAUCAAA